AUGAUUCGUCUGUUGAUGGCCUCGCCGGCCCCAGGCGCUAGUCCCAGGAUCGGGGGCAGUCCAGCUCCCAGCGUGAGUACACCAUCGUAUCAAAGGCACACAAAUCUGCACGCAACGGUACAACCUCGUCCCCAUGUUAACGUGUGCAUUGACCCAGUCACGUUGGUGAUCAACGAGUGUAUGAUUAUUUCGUCAGCCAUGCGCAAACUGAGCAGAUGGUCUCAGAGUGGUGUUGCCGCUAUCCUUGGGGCAGGAGACAUGUUUGGAAGUCAUAGUAAUGGGAAUAACGACUUUGACAUAGACAUCCACUCUCUCAAUGGAGCUAUGGGAGGUGCAAGCGGUGCGGGUGCAAAUGGCUCUUCCAACAUCGGAGGUGGAAAUUCAUCGUCUUCAAACACACGCAUCAAGUCUGAUAGUCCACUUUUAUCAUCAUUCUUUCAACUUAGAUCCAUAUUAAGUGAGCCUAGCAACGGUUCUUCUACUACCAUUGAUGCGCUAGACAGCUUAACCUUGUUGCAACCAUUUUUGUUGGUCAUCAAGUCUUCGUCGACAUCCGGCCAUAUCACACUGUUGGCGCUUAAUUCCAUUUCCAAGUUUUUAAACUAUAACAUUAUCUCCAUGGAUUCGAUAAAUAUCCAAAACUCCGCUAUUCAAAUCAUUUCAAGCUUAACUCACUGUAGAUUCGAGGCUGCAGAUCAGAACUCUGACGAUGCUGUUUUGUUGAAGGUGUUAAGGCUUUUGGAACAAAUCUUGGAAUCCGACUUGUCGAACUUAUUACCCAAUGAAGUAGUAUCCGAAGUCGUACAGACAUGUUUAUCUUUAGCGUGUAAUAAGAAGAGAAGUGAAGUGUUGAGGAAAUCCGCUGAAAUGUCCAUGUUUCUGAUCACAUUUAGGAUUUUCAGCCAAUUGAAGGGCUUACCUUUGGAGAAUGUUGACGAUGAUUUACAAACCAAUUUCCAAAAUACUCAGUUACCAGAAGAUAUCAUUGGAGGUACUGAAAAUGGAAGCAAGAUUGACUUGAGUCGAACUGAAAGUAGGAAGGAUUCAAUGGAAGAAGGAGGUGUAUCGUCUUCUGCCACCACUGCUACUGCCGUUGCAGAAAGUGAGACUUCAGUAAAUAGUAUCCUGGUUGUUCCUUCCUUUGGAAUUGUUUGCAUCAAUGAAUUUUUGGGAAUAUUGAUUUCAAUGAUAUCUCCAACAAAUCAAUACCAACAUAUGGAAAGUACCCGUGUUUUCGCAUUAUCACUUAUCACAACGGCUAUUGAAGUUUCAGGUGAAGAAAUCGUCUCUCAUCCUUCUUUAAUGAGCUUGGUAAGUGAUUCCAUUUGUAAGCAUGAUUUACAAAUCAUGACCACUUCUGAUUCCCCAGCUUUACUUCAAGCUUCCUUACAAUUGUUUACCACCAUAGCAAUAGUGUUAGGUAAACAUUUGAAAUCACAAAUUGAGUUAGCCUUAACUUUAAUCUUUAGAUCCAUUUUGCCAUCUGAGGUGAAAAAUGAGUCUUCUGCUAAAAAAGCAACUACUAAUGGAGGCAACAACCCGGUAGAACGUCUUGCAUCGUCAAAGGAAAUGCUAAUUGAAUCUGUUUCCUUACUUUGGACCACAUCUCCCUUGUUCUUCACCAAUUUAUUUAUUAACUAUGAUUGUGAGUUUGAUAGAUCUGAUUUAUCUACUUUAGUAUUGAACUAUUUAUGUGAGUUAUCAUUACCUGAAUCCGCGUCUGUCACCACCGAUAACGUUCCACCAAUAUGUCUUGAGUCUGUUUUGAGUUUCGUCAGCUCUAUUAAUGACAGAAUCAAGAAAGGUCUGGUGCAAGCCACCUCAUCUUCUGCUCAAAAAUCACAUAAAUUGAUUGCAGACAAAGAUCAAAAAAUGUCAUUUGUCAAGUGUACAGAAUUAUUAAACAAGAACCCAAAACAAGGUAUUAAGGCAUUAAACGAAAAGGGAUUUAUUAAAGAUCUUGACAAUAUUGAUGAAAUUUCACAAUUCUUCUUCACCAAAUCCGGAAGACUUAACAAGAAAGUGUUGGGUGAAUAUCUUGCAAAACCCUCUAAUAGCGAACUCUUGAGGAAAUUUAUUGAUCUUUUUGAGUUUGAAGGUUUAAGAGUCGAUGAAGCGUUAAGAAUAUUAUUGAAGACUUUCAGGUUACCAGGAGAAUCUCAACAGAUUGAAAGAAUUGUGGAAACUUUUGCUGAAAAGUAUGUCAAAUGUCAAGAAGAAGAAGACAAAAAAUUGGCUCAAUCGGAAGCAAACUUGGCAGAAAAGGGUGAAAAGGAUAAGAAAGUAGGUGUAAGUACUGAAAAAGAAGAAGGUGUGGAAGAUGAAAACGAAGAAGAACUUGUGAGGCCCGACAAAGAUGCGGUUUUCAUUUUAUCUUAUUCGAUUAUCAUGUUAAACACUGACCAGCAUAACCCUCAAGUCAAGCAACAAAUGACCUUAGAUAGUUACAAGAGAAAUUUGAGAGGUAUUUAUCAUAGAAGAGACUUCCCUGCGUGGUACCUUUCGAAAAUUUACUCUUCUAUUAGAGAUCGUGAAAUCAUUAUGCCUGAAGAGCAUCAUGGAACUGAUAAAUGGUUCGAUGAUGUUUGGCACAACUUAAUUUCCUCACAAGGCGACCAGAUCGACAAUGAGCAAGUUGAUGAAGAGGAAUUUAAGGACUUAGAAUUGAUAAUUCAGUUUGACAAGGAAAUCUUCAAAGAAACUGUUGAUAAUAUCAUUAGUACAUUAAUCAGAGUAUUCAAAGAGGCAAGUGAUGAUCAUAUAAUAACAAGACUUAUGAGUUCCAUUGAUAAGUGUGCCAGUAUUUGUAUUUACUUCAAUUUGACUGACAGUAUUGAUAAGUUAAUUAAUGAGCUAGCUGAUCAGACUAGAUUAGUUGAUAAAAAGUACAGAGCCGGAUCAGAAAUUGCUUCAGGAGUAGAUGGUACAGUCGCUGGAAAUACUGCCUCAGAUUCUACCACUAAUGACAAUACCAAUGAUGAAUCAAGUUUUUCUAUGGGAGAUGCUGCUUCAGAUCGUGAUGAAAUUCCGAUUACUCAAAUUCAAAUCGAUAAGGGUAAAGCCGAUGUAAUAACUGUUAGUGAAAUGGCAGUUUGGUUCGGUAGAGAAUUUAAGGCCCAGAUUUCAAUGGUUGUCCUUUUUAGGCUCAUUAAGAAAGUAGGUUUCAAAGUCACUUCAUCUUGGAACAGCAUUGUGAAAAUUAUUCUUACUUUAUUUGAAAACUGUUUAAUUAAUCCAAACUUGUUUGGAGACUUCCAGAAGAAGUUGAACAUGACUGCUUUGCCAAAGGUAAAGCCUAAGUAUGUUAUCAAUAGAAGUAAGCCAAUGAAGGAUUCUGGUUUGUUGUCUACCUUCAGUUCAUUCCUAAAGGGAUAUCUGGAUGUUCCACCUGAGCCUACCGAUCAAGAAGUGGAAAGUACUUUGUCAACAAUUGAUUGUGUAAAGAGUAUUAAUAUACCUAGCAUAUUCGAAAUUGUUGCCACUAAACUGUUGCCCGAAGAUUUGGCUAAAUUCUGUAACUUCUUUUUGAACUUAUUGCCAGUUUAUCAUGAAGUCAAGACCAAAAGAUUUUAUGAAAGUGAAGUACUUUUCAUAUUUGAAAUUGCGGUUUGCUUUUCAUUGUUAGUCAAUGAGAAGGAACUUAUAGAGAGUGUCCUUCAAAAGUUACAGAACUACAAUGAGCAUAUUUCCAAGAAGGGGCAAUUAAGACUUGCAACUUAUAAGUUAUUAUUAUUCAGAAAGGGUGAUUCUAAGGAUGAGGAAACGUUGGUCAAAACAAUCAAAGAUCUAAGUGAAUUUGAUAACGAGGCAUUAGUUAAGAAUGGACUUCAAUUAAUCCCAGUCUUGAUAUCUUUGGCUGACCAUGAUUCAUGGUGUCAAGAAAAGGUGUUAAGUUUAGCAACCUAUUGGACCAUAUUCAGAAUACUUUCGACCGUUGCGACUCAUUCGAGACAGAUUACUGAAUUUAUUUUCAACUUAAAGGAAGACGAUGGAUUAAAGGCUGUACAUCCUGGUAAUUUCAUGGUAUUCUUAGGAUUAUUGGAUGAAUUGAGCUCCUUGGGCGCAAUUGGAUCUCAAUUUGAGCAACAGAUCCAGAGCAAUUCUAAUAAUCCUAUUGAAUACCCUAAAGAUCUUAUCGAAUGCUCCAAAAAGUCAAUAACUUUGACUUCAGAAUUAAGUUCGAUUACAUCCAAGGAUGAAUUUAUUGGUAAGGACAUGUCCUAUUCAUUGUACCAAGCAUUGGCUCAUCAGUGUUUCAACCCCUGUAGAGAGAUUAGAACAUUUGCCAUUGGGGUGCUUCAACUGUCCAUUCUUCAAAUUCAAAUCGAAGAUAAUAAAUUACACAUAACAUCCGAAGGUAUUUUCGAGUUUGUCUUAUUCCCAUUACUUUCUGAAUUAUAUAAAGAUGAGGUAUUAUUGACAGACCCUACUGGGUUCAACAAGACAAGAGUAGAGGUUUUAUCCGUUGUCAGUAAGGUUUACUUAAAUUUCACCAAUAAUUUCCAAGAGGGAGAGACUGAGAAUAUUUGGCUAGGAAUUUUGGACCACAUGAUUUCCUACAAGGAGCUCAACCAGAGACAAAAGGAGCUAGACCAGGAACAAAGGCAGAGGGAAAGAGGUAAGAGCGCCUCUCCUGCUGCAGAUGGAGGUUCUGAAGAUGAAACUGAGUUAGAAGUUUUGAAGAAUCUAAUUCUUGUAUUGCAGAAUAACGGCGUUUUGACUAGGGAGAGAAAAGAAUUAUGGGAUGAGAGUUCAAAGAGGAUACACGUAUUGGAUCCUGAGUUAAAGAAACUGCUAUUACCUGAUGAAACUGUUGCUACUCCCUCUGCUGUUCCUGCUCCAGCUUCCGAAGAGGAUUCCAAGACCUCAGAGAAAUAG